UUUUUCCCCCCCACAGGUCCAACAUGCCUUAAAGAAAAUGGAUGCAUCGUUAGCCACAUUAAAUAAAGCUAUUGCUAUGGAUCCUAAAAAUCCCUUGUGUAAAUUUCAUCGAGCUUCUGUAUACUUUUCUCUUGACAAACAUGAAGAAGCAUUAAAAGAUCUUGAAGAAUUAAAAGAAAUAGUACCAAAAGAAUCCUUAGUUUAUUUCCUAAUAGGAAAGGUUCAUAAAAAAUUAGGCAAUACACAUUUAACGUUAAUGAAUUUUUCUUGGGCAACUGAUCUUGAUCCUAGAGGUGCUAAUAAUCAAAUUAAGGGUGCUAUAGACAAGCAAUAUACAAAUGAUGAAGAAGAAGUUAUUGGAAAUAAUGAACAAGUUGGUGAUGAUAGAGCUAGUGUAAGUUCGGGUGUGGCUGAUCAUGAAUCAUCACAUGAUAGUUCUGUGGUGGAUGCCGAGGCAGAAGAUAUACGGUUACAAGCAAUGGAAAGUGAUGAGAGCUUUUGAUUUCAUAUAGACUCUUACUGUUAUAUACCGAAUGUUAUCUUUUAUCGGAUUCCUAUGGUCCCUGUACUUGUGCACCUGGUUAUGUGAAAUAGAUCUGACUCAUUUUUUUCUUUCCUCGUGUUUGAUUACUUGGCAACAUUGUUACUGAUCAUCAAAUUUUCCAGUGUAUUCAGUAUUCAUUUUUAGCAUUUACUUAAGUAAUAUUUUCAUAUAAAUAAGUUGAUAGAAAAAUGAGUUGGUUAUAUUCCUAAUAACUGGGUUCAAGUACGUGUUGUGAUAUGGAAUAAAAACUUGAUUGACAUAUAAUGUAAAAUACAUAUAGCAAUGCAAUUUAUUUGUACAGCAUUUGUUAUAUUUUUCUUCUAUUAGAAUUGUGAAAAUUGAGUAAUUGAUGCAUGUCAUGGGGGAAAAUGAACCAAAUAGUUUUGAUUUUAAUUGUAUUAUUAAUUUUAUUUUAACCUGAAUUAUGUGUAUUGCAUCAUGUAAGAGCUAUCCACAUGAUUCUUUUCGAUAAUUUUUUAUGUAAAUUUGUAAAAAAAAAAAAGUAUUUUAUUUUAUAUCCAGGGAUUUUUUUCUGGUGUUCUGUAACACAAUUAAAAAUUAUAUUCCUUAGUUGCAUGAUUUGUGUAAAUCUUAAAUAGAAAUUUCUAAAGGAAGUCAGUGAAGUAUUUCAUAGUGAACUUUAAAUGCAAAAAAUAUGAAAUCAUUUAAUGCAAUUAUCCUGUGAAGAAUUUCAAAAAAUGAGAUAUGUCUCCUGUAUAACAUUAUUUUAUCAUUCCUAUGUCUUAAUCUAGAUAAAUGUCUGACUGUGUUAAAUGUCUUGAUUACAAAGCUACCUACCGAAAGAAAAUUCCAUAAUGCAACAUUUUCUUUUUAUUAUUUUACUUCUGCAUGGCUGUAAUAAAAAUAGAAUGAAUAUGUGGCUCUGUAAAUGCAGCAUGUCUUCUAACUUUUUGUAUAACAUUAAUUUGCAUCAUAAAGAUGUUUCAUAUCAUCAAAUGUACACUUCCUUUUUUAUUUUUUCGCCCUCAUUCUUCCAUAAAAUCUCCAGUUUCAGUUAUUUUUUUUUUAUAUAUGUAUAAAUGCAUUUAAGACUGUGUUGUACAAUAUAAAUUAUUGAUUUUUUUAGUAUGGAGCACCUUUUUCAUUUUAAAAAUAAAUCAUUCAGAAUUAUAGGUGACAUAUUAAUUUAGCUAGAAUAAAUUAAUUAUGAGUUUUUUAGUAUCAAAUAUAUGUUUAAAGAAAAAGAGUAAUUGCUUUUUCUGCUAAUAAAUAUUAUAAAUUUUGUUAUUCAUCUAACUUGGUAGGAAGCAUAUAGUACUGAGCAUUUUGUCCAUAUUUAGACUCCCUUUUUAUUAUUAUUAUUAUUAUUAUUAUUAUUAUUAGUAUUUAGAUAUUCUGAUGCUGAGAAAAAAACUUUGACAUUCAAAACAAAGAAUUAUUUUCAUUACAUUUUGUACUAUAACAAUGAGCUUCAGAUUUUAAUUAUUGAUGAUAAGUUUACAUAAUUAUAAAAUAAUUACACUUAUAAUCUUGAAAAUAAAAAAUUUCAAAUUUAUUGCAUGAAAUAUAUUUUAUUUAACAAAUUCUCAACUAGUAGUAGUCUCUGGUUAAGAACUAUCUAGUUGUUAAAUAAAUUUAUUUCUAAAAAAGCUGUUGAGUGGUAUAUGCAUAGGCCUAAAUUAUAGCAAUCAACUAGCUCAGUCAUGUUGUAUAAUCUUGAAUGGUACUAAUCAGUGUGUAAUUCGAAAGCUUUUAUAAUAGUUUUUUCAUUUAAGUAAUAUCUUUUGACAAUAUGAACCAUGUGUCUUGUAAUUAAUAGAGUUUCAGAAUUGCCACUCAUCUCAGGAGAUAUUUAUGGGUGGGGUGGAAGAGAGAUAGAGAAACAAUUAAUUGAAAGUUUGUUCCACCCCUUUUAACAGUCAAAAGAAUCAAACAGAGAUUGUCUCAUCAAAUGCAGUUAAUGUAGAAAUCUCUGCAUGUGCUCUCUCUGGCUGAUAAAAUUAGUAUAAAGUUCUCUAGAAUCCUGUACCUAAUCACACUGGCACCACUAUUUCAAUAAACAGCUAUUUAUAAGUUUUCAUAACAGCAUUUUAUGUGGUAUGCUGGAAAUAGUAAAUAGCCUAAACAUAUGCUUUUUAUUUUAGUACAUAUUUACUGCAUGAGGAUAAGCUUAGAAACUGGUUUUUAAAUGAGUAAAAAUGUCCGUAAGUCUGCUGUUAACUAUUAAAGGUUAAAAUAGUUUUAAAAUUUCUGAUUGCAAAUAAAAAAAUGUUAUAGAUAUAUAGAAUACGUGAAAAUGGUAUAUGGAGAUGAAAAUAACCCAAUCAUGAAAUUAUAUUUUGAGAAUAUUGAUCUUAUUUCAUCUCACUUAAACGUUUUCAAGUACGAGGCACGUUUUUAAAGUAAGUGUCGUUUUCAAAUUUCAAUGCAGCAGCAUUGCACUCAGCAUUCUGCAUGGGCAUGUUGUUUACCUAUAUUUGUUGGCGAUUCACAGACGCCAUUAUGGAAACUUUCAGCUGUUGUAACAUUUGUUGGAUGGUGGGCUAUCUUCUGUCAUUACUGAAGAUUUGGUCUAGAAAGUUGACGAACAAAUGAAACAGAGCAGACCCAUGAUCAUUUCGUCAUUGUUUGAUGUGUUUCCUUGGUUUCAUGCACCAUUGCAUAUAAAAUUAUAAGUGCAUGCUUAAAUUAUCGAGAAUUGUGCUCACACUGGGUACCAAAAUUCUUGACAGGGGUUUAGGUAAUACUUUAACUACAGUACAGUGAGGAAGGUUGUGAUAUUUUAAACCAAAUUAUCACACGUGACAAAACCUGGGUGGCUUACGCUGCACCAGAAUUGAAGCAGCAAUUGAUGGAAUGGCGACAUGCAUCAUCACCCAUGUGUAUUGUGUUUUAGGAUGGGAAGGGAGUGUUGCUUAUGGAUUUUUUCAUCUCAUGGUGACACAAUAAAUUCUAUGACAUAUUGUAAGACCUUAAUCAAACUGUGUCGUACAAUUGAAAACAAAAGGCAUGGCAUGUUGAGUAGGAAGCCUUGUUUUGCUUCAUGACAACGCCCGUCCACGUGCAGCUAAACGAACUCAAGAUCUCAUCAUCCCAUUUCGUUGCGAACAAUUUGAUCAUCCUCUGUUCAAUCCUGAUCUAACACCCAGUGCCUGCCACUUGUUCCUGCAUUUGAAGAAGCAACUGAGCCUUCUUCUCGAAAAUGAACGAUAAUGAGAUCAAAACAACUGUGUUGCAGUGAACAUCAUAGCACUUCACAGACUUCUAUGAAGGGGGAUUCAGAAACUGGUUUUUUGAUACGCUAUGUGCCUUAAUAGUGGCAGAAAAAAUGUAGAAAAAGUAGAUUGAGGUAUGGGUUUUUAUAUAAAAAUAAAAUUGGUGAGAAAAUUGUAGAUGUUCUUUUAUUAUUUCCAGACAGUACCUACUUUAAAACAUGUCUUGUUAUUACAGUUACUGUGCAUUUCAGGAAUAAUAACACAUUUAUCACAAUUUUGAUGAAAUACGAUCCAUUCAUGUUUUAUUUUUCAAUUAUUGUCAGAAGCUUGUUUUGUUGAGUCAUAACUUCAUUAAACUCCAUAUACUGAUCUAUAGUAUUAGGUAAUCAUAGCAGGAAUUCAUAAGCCUGUCACUAUUUUCUGAAGUUCUUAGUAUCAGAAUUCAAAUUUUUAUAUUUAAACACUGAAAACAGUUUUGAUAAAUACACAAUUAAAAAAAAAAUUUCCUUGUUAAAUUUUCAAUUACAGUUGCAGAAGAAAUUCUGCUAAUGUUGAUUGUCUGGUGUUAUUUUAUGAUAAUGCAGUCAGUACAAAAUAAAUGAAAGUUUUGAAAAAAUGUUAAAAUAGCAUACUGAUUGAUUGUUUUGUAAUACAGCAAAUUGUAAAUGAGUUGCUUUAAAAGAAAUGAAAUUUUUUUCCCUUA